UAAGUAAAUAACGAUUCUAACGCCCUCUAGCCGACGCAUUGAAAACGCUUCGCGUGAAGUUUGCAUUAAUUACCUGUCGUUGCGUCGGCUCAGGGGCAUUCCAAAAAAUCACACAGUCACGGCCAUCCUUUGCGACAGUAAAAAUCCCAUACUGGUGACCCCUUAAAGUGAAUACGUGAAUUGAUUUAAGAAAAAAAUGAUAAGCGACGGUGAACAGGAAAUAGAUUACGACGCGCGAGUGACGAAGCGGCGAGUGCGCGUGCCCAUUGUGUCGGACGACAAUUCAGACAUUUGUCGUAUAGGCGUAAGAAUGCCGCCAUUUUGGCCAGAGAAGCCAUUAUUAUGGUUUAGUCAAAUCGAAAGUCAAUUUUGCAUAUCGAAAAUAACCGAUGAUGAUAUAAAAUUUCAUUUCUUAAUCACAAAUCUGGACCGGAGAUAUAUAAGUGACAUCGAGGAUUUAAUAACAUCACCUCCAACGACCGGCAAGCCGAGGAGAUGGGCGAUCGCAAACCAUCUCAGUUCCUGCGACAUCUACAGCAUCUCGCGGGCCCCAAUAUACCGGAAGAUUUUCUUAGAUCAUUGUGGACUGGUCGACUCCCAAGUAAUCUGCAGACUAUCGUCGUGUCGCAAAUGAGUAUGCCCCUUAGCGAAAUAGCUGACUUGGCAGAUCGAGUACACGACAUCGUCCCAG